AUGCUUGUAUGGACAAGACAAAAGCAAUCUGGACUACCAGGACUUCCUUUGAAUAUCUCAUGCACUAAAACAUUGAGUUUUAACGCCACUUUGCCGAAUCACAGAAUUGGCCCCAUGAACGACUAUAUCCGGCAGUACAUCUUGCCACAUAAUAAAGAGAUAGCAUCUCAAAUACCAUCUGAUGCUUCUCUAUGUCUGGCCUCUCAAAUGGAGAAACUUUAUCCAGUUCUUAUCCCCGAAGCUGCAGAGCAAAUGACGUUGGAACAACUGUUCGCGCAGUUUUAUCCAAAAUUUUCUGCAAACACCACUGUUCUAUAUGUUGUCGUGACCAAAGAACUUGAAGAGAUUGAUAGCGAUAUCAAUCUAGGCUCAACAGUUCCAUCAAAGAUCAAUGGGCAAAGAAGAGAUAAGAAAGGAUCUCCAAUCAAAGGGACUAACAUCAAAACAGAAAAGGAAAACAAACCUAUCAUCAAAACAGAACCUGGGACGAAGACCAAAACGCGGCUUAAAUCACUGAAAGUUUCACGGAAAAGAUCAUUUUCUGAUGCUAACCUAGCUAGAAGUAUGGAUGACGAGAAUAUUAAUAUUGGAGGCGGGGACGACUUAGACACUCUGCUAGGAUUGGAUUCGGACUUAUUUAACUUAUCUCAAGUAGAUGAUGCUGAUAACGAUGUCAGCAAUCCCCAGUCAGAGGAAGAAAUUGAUGAUGAGAAUUCUCAGUUGGAAGAGACAGCUCUUUGGAUACGAGAGGAUAUGUUAAACUGUUUGUCGGAAUGA